AUGUCUUCUUCCGAACUCAGCCUGCCGCUUUCUUUGUCUCCCAUUGGAGAGCAACGGAACAAGGCGGGUGCAGUAAUGCGAGGGAUCCAACAACCCGAGGAAAGAUCUGCUUUGCUUUCUCAAGCUAUUGACCUUUGCACACGCCUCCGCGAUGUACUGGAACGUCUCGGUCCUUCUCGCUUCACUCAAUCUGACUAUCCUGAGGUAUCGAAGGUUCACGAGCUUGAGUCAACGCUACAUGAUCGACUUCGGCAAGUCGAUGAGAAGAGGAACGAUGCUCUCGCGCCCGUAUCGCGCUUACCAGACGAUAUUUUGCGAUUCAUCAUUCAGCACGGACACGACGACCAAUUACUCGAGCACCGCCUAUUCGUUCUUGGGACUGGUUUUGCCAGGCUUGUCUCUGGUAUCUCUCGUCGCUGGCGUGCUAUCACGCUCGACAUGGCGAAUGUUUGGACUUACGUGCGGUUCUCCAAUCCCAAAUAUCUAGCAGACGAAGACUUCAAACCGUUCCAUCCAUGGUAUGGAAGCGCAAAAGCCCUCAGCCCAAUAUACGCAUCCAACCUCGAACGAUCCAAGUACUCGCUCCUCAAUGUGGAUAUGAGCAUUCCGCCACUUGACGGGGCCCGUACAAUGGUUAAAGAGUACCUGCAUGUGUGCUCGAACCGCGUCGCAGAGCUCUUUCUCUCCGCCAACACCUCAAGUAUGGAAGGGCUUCAAGCCGUUGUCUCGUGCGUCACUGAAACCAGGAACACACUCCGUCGUCUCCGUCUUUGCUUGGUUCAAUCAAUGACAGACAUGGGUGGACGCGAGACGAUGGAAGCAUUACUUCGCUGCGACCUUCCGCGUCUUAUAGACGUUGAACUCCACUCCGUUCCCCUUCCACUAGCCCACUGCCCCGAGUAUCUCGCCCUUCUCCGCUGUCGCCGUAUUCAUUUGACGCUCAAUCGAGGAAGCCAGUAUACGCCGGCACACCUGCUCGCACUGCUCCAGUGUACGCCCAAGCUCCAAUAUCUUCACCUCAUGCUAUAUCCCCUGCCGGUCUUGGACGCCCCGGAUUCUGAAGCUCCUCUACCGCGCGUGCUGUUGCCAGAACUGCGCAGCAUCAAAUACAUCUCAAUAUCCACCUCUCGUAAAACAUUCGGACGACUUGUGGCUCCAAAGCUGGAAAAGCUUUCAAUAGAUGUUCUCUCUCGCUUUCAUAUCCCAGAGCAACAAGAGGCCUAUGUCGCCGACCUCUUGGAGUUCCUCUCAGCCUCAUCCGGCUUAGACGGCACACCUCCGCCGGUGAAGACACUCACGAUCAAAGGUGGAAUAUUGAGCAGUCUCGAACGAAUACUCUUGCAUACCCCCAGUCUGGAGGUCCUUCAGACUAUCUUUGAUCGCCAAUGGAGCGUCGUCGAAGAGGAGGAGUACGUUGGGUUUCUGAACAAAUUAGGAGCGCAAUCUCUUCUGGCAACGGGACACGCUGAGAUAACAUCUGUGGAGGAUGUUACCCACCCACCCCUCUGCCCAAACUUGCAAAUAUUGGAGAGUCUCGCAUGGGCGACACCGAACCAUAUCCAAUCGCUGACGAGCCUUGCAGCUCAUCGUCGGUCAUGUGGGACGCCACUCACUCAAAUACGCAUGGCCGAUUGGCCUGCACAGUGGAUGCCCCACGUGUCAGCCGGCAUGACAGGGAUGCCGGCCACACCUUUGGAGCAAUACACACUCGAGAGAGUACUAGCAAAGGAGGUCGAAGUGCUGGAGUGUGGAAAGUUCAGGUGGGAAUGGAAGGAGGAGGGUCGGUGGCGCAAGAACCAAAAGGUCGGAGAGGGCGAUUGGGGACUACGAGCAAUGGACGCUGAGGGCUGGCAUAUACAAUAAUAUUG